GGGGGAGGGAUACAGCAGUUCCCUGUCCCCGUGUGGAUGGAGCUCUACUCCCGGAAUAUUCUGGAAUUCCUGGGACAUGAUUCUGUUUGAUAGUCUCUCGAGCUCUGAUUAUGUGUCGAUCUGAACACUCGCACCAGCCUGACGCCCGAACUCUGUCUCUGUCUCUGUUCCCUGGUUCCCCCUCGUUCCUCCAUCAUUGCCUCCCUCUGUCAAUACACCCCCCACUCUCAACCCCCUCCCUCAUCGCCUCCUCCCUUCCCCUGGGGCCCACCACGAUGUCCCUGUUGUUGUUGGAAUUGGGACAAUGUCUGGUCACUCGUCCAUCUCGGAUAUCCCCCUCCACACCGGGUGAUGGCACCCGUCCCUCCCCUGGGUGGUGGCUGCCGGGCAUCGUGGGCUACCUCCUGGCCACCCUGGGUGGUCCUCUCGCUGUCAUUCCCACCCCUAGGCUCCCGGCGCCUCCCCUCUGGUCUCGGUCAUGAACCACCUCCUGUCCUUCCUGGAACAAUACUCCCACAUGCAGCGUCUCCAGGACAGAGCCUCCGAAUACAAGAGCCGGCUCCGCAGGGAAGAGGCCAGGAGCAGGAAGAAACGCAAACUGCUCCGGAGCACCUGCAAGCAGGAGCUGAGGGAUAAGCUGAGCCUGAUCGAGAACCUCCAGGAGAUUAUCGAUGAACAGCGAGGGCUGGUGCAGAAACUACAACAGGCAGCCAGUAAGGACGUUGCUGACCCCGGUGAGCCUCCAUACUCCCAGCACCCUCUGUGUCCGGACAGCCCUCCACCCGAUGGCCACACUGCGUGCGGCAGUCCCCCUCUCUCGGCUGGAGUCCAGAGGUUGGUAGACUCCAUCCAGAGCCUCCAGACCGAACGGUCCAAGCUGCUGAACGAGGUGGAAUCCAUCAAGAUGGAGGUGGAGCAGGGGGAGAAUGAGAAGAGACAGCUCUCCGCCAGCUUUGAGACUCAGAUCCACUGCCUGAGGGAACAGGUUCGGGAACAUGAGGAGGAGCUCAUCCGACUGAGAACGGAAACAGGAGUUACCGACUCGGAGAAACGGAUUCAGCAUCUGUCCCUGGAGAACGAGAGUCUGAAAGAGAACCUGAGGGUGACUCAGGGCGUCCUACAACAACUAUCCACCAUCAGCCGGCACCCCUCAGAGCAACUCCUCAGGGAGAACGAGGAGCUGCGAUCGAAGGUGUGCCUCCUGGAGAGUUCUGUGCAGCAGAAGCUGGAGCAGUUACUGAGGCUGGACGCUGAGCUGAGUGAACUGCAGUGGAGGAGGGAGACAGAAGACAGGCAUCACCAGGAGACUGUCCACUCCCUCCAACUCCAGCUCCAUCAGAGCCAGGAACCACCCACCCACAUCCAGUACGUGUCUGAGCGAGUGGAGGGGAAUUCCGAAGUGACUCUGGGAUUAUUCCGGGAUUGGGAACACAGGAACCGGGAGCUCCUGGAGCAGGUCACUCUGCAGGAGGGACAGCUCCACAAACUGGAACAACAACUCCAGGACUCCGAGGAGACACGGUCCCAACUCCAAUACAAGGUACCAGCACCCCCUCAGCACUGA